AUGAUGUUCGAAUAUGAGGAAGACGAGGAUCCCAUGGAACAACAAAAACAAGAAGAACUACAACAUCAUUCGUCGGAUUACUCCGGAAGUCCUCAGGAGAAUCCGUUCCGUUUCUCGUAUGAUACUGGGAAACGAGCGGCAUCGAUGUUCGUAACGCCGUCGUCCGAAGACCUCAUCGCCUACGGCACCAAACAUCUGCUCGACUCGCCAACCGCUCUGCAGCGUUCGUUGGUCCUGAAUGCAACAACAUCGCUCAACAUCGACUGUGAUUUGUCAUCUGAUGAGGAGCUCAGUCCAACAACUCAACGAAAGAUCUGCUUCUGUGCCAGUCAAAAUCCAAUCGAGACCCAAGAACAAGGUCUCCGUCAAGCAAAGUCGACGCUGACCGUUUCUUUCCCAUAUCACCAGCACCAAAUCACCGAGGACUAUACCAUUUCUGCCGAGAUCAUCGGAAUCGGCGAAUCGGGAAAGGUGAUGGCGUGCUACAAGAAGAAUUCCGGUGAAAAGUUUGCACUGAAAGUGUUGAGAGAUAGUCAAAAGGCUCGACGUGAAGUGGAGUUGCACUGGCUGACAAACGCUCAUGAUAACGUUGUUUCGAUUCUGGACAUCUACGAGAACACAUUCGACAAUGUCAAAUGUCUUUUGAUGGUUGUCGAGUUUCUCGAAGGAGGAGAUUUGUUGAGUCAGUUCGAAAGCCAAGGAAGCAUUCCGUAUUCAGAGAAGAAAGUUGGUGAGAUCAUUCGCCAAAUCGGAAACGCUGUCAUGUAUCUCCACGACAUGAAUAUCGCGCAUCGAGACAUCAAACUUGAAAAUAUUUUGUGUAGUGGUACGGGUGAUAAUUGCAUCUACAAAUUGGGUGAUUACGGGUUUGCCAAGCGUCCGGAGAGAAACGUGCUCAUGGAGUCUCCAUGCUGUACUCCGUUCUACGCGCCACCAGAAGUAUUGGGACGCGAACGAUACGACAAAUCGUGUGACAUGUGGUCUCUCGGAGUCGCUAUGUAUAUAUUAUUAUGUGGAUAUCCACCCUUCUACUCGAUGAAAGGUGUUGCUCUGUCUCCGGGCAUGCGAUCCCGUAUUGCCAACGCAUACUAUGCUUUCCCGCCCGAGGAGUGGGAUUGUGUUUCGAAAGAUACGAAAGAUGAUAUUCGAUGCCUGCUGCGCACGAAUCCACAAGAUCGUCUAACUAUCCACGAAUUGAUGGCUACACCAUUGGUGACUGGAGAACCGAUCAUUCCUGGAAAGCACAUCACAACUGCAAUCGCCAUCCCUGGAGCUGACGAUUCGGAAUGCGAAGGAGGAGUCUUCGAAGGGUUCAUUCCCGAAGUGGAAGAUAUUCCAGAGAUUCCAGAUAUCACUGAAAUCACUGAUACGGUCGGUGAAAUUCUACCUGUUCCGAAGAGCGUCCGUUUCUUGCGCGAUGGUGUUAAGGCUCCACGACUGCACAGUAUCCAAGAAGAAGUUGGUCGUGCAAUGGAGAUCAUGCGCAUGGGACAUGAUCAAGUCUACGUCAAAAAUCCGACAUCAUCAUGCAACAAUCUAUUCGCCAGGCGCCGCGCCAUUCAUCUGAGCAUUCCACGUGUUCAUUGUUAA